AUGUCUACCGAUCCCAAGAUCCAAGACCUGCUUAACAAGCCCAAGAACGAGCUCACUGAAUAUGAGGUCUCUCUCGUUGAGGAACAUGAGCUCACGUCCGGUCCCCUCUCUCUUCUCCAAACUGCGACGCGCACACACACCCAGGUUUUGAUCUCUUGCCGAAACAACCGUAAGCUACUCGCGCGUGUCAAGGCUUUUGACCGCCACUGCAACAUGGUGCUGGAGAACGUGAAGGAGAUGUGGACAGAAAAGCCCAAGGGUGGUAAGGGCAAGGGCGUUAACAAGGACCGUUUCAUUAGCAAGAUGUUCUUGCGUGGCGAUUCUGUUAUCCUCGUUCUGCUCAGCUGA